UCGAGAUGGCUAAGACUAUUCUCUAUUUGAUAUUACUUUUAACUAUUGGCUACAGAGCUCAAGCUGAUUUGGAUGUGUGCCUCGAGGAUUUGGGUUGCCUGCAUGGCACCCUGAUGCCGGACUCCAGACAGGAGCAGUUCGAAGCCUUUAUGGGAAUACCAUUCGCCAAGCCGCCGAUAGGAGAGCUACGCUUUAAGAAUCCUGUAGCAGCGGGUGCCUGGACGGGUGUCCUGGAUGCCAGCGCGCCACGCAGCCAUUGCCUGCAAAAGUGUUAUUUCAUGCCUGGUUGGCCCAUCUCUGGAGAGGAGGAUUGCCUCUAUUUGAAUGUCUAUCGACCUCAAGGCAAAGCAGGUCCUUUGCCUGUUAUGGUCUACAUCCACUCGGGUGGCUAUCUCUGUGGCUCCGCUUGCCCCUUGGCCAGCGGACCGGAGUUUCUGAUGGAUACGCAGCAGGUCGUUCUGGUUACAGUCAGCUAUCGAUUGGGUCCAUUUGGCUUCCUGAGCACUGGAGAUGCUCACAUGACUGGAAAUUUCGGAUUGAAGGAUCAACGCUUGGCUCUGCAAUGGGUGCAGCGACACAUUUCGGCCUUCGGCGGCAAUCCGAAUCUGGUGACCAUCUUUGGCCACAGCGCGGGUGGAGUAUCCACGCACCUGCUCAUGCUAAGCCCCAGUUCGAAUGGACUCUUCCACCGUUCAAUGUCCUUGAGCGGUACAGCGAUGCUGGGCACUACAAUGGUCUACAACCCACUUGAGCGGGCUCAACAGCUGGCGGAACGUGUGGGCGUGGCUGAUGCCAAGUCCCUUGACACGCAGGCAUUGGCUGCAGCUCUACGUGCAUCGGAUGCCAACGAUUUGCUGGAGGCCGGCAAUGUCUUCAAGCGUUGGGAUAGCGUACCCAUAAUCAAUUAUGCUGCAGUUGUGGAACAGCCAGAUGCACCUGAGCCCUUUAUAACUGAGUAUCCCAUUCCGGCACAUAUGGCCGGACGCAUUAACCAGGUGCCCUGGCUGCUGAGCAGCACCUCGCGCGUUGGCGAGGGAGCCUUGUUUAUCAUGCACAUCUAUAUGAAUCCGCAGCUCCUGAAGGAGUUCAACGAGAACUUCUUGGAGCUCUUCGGCUUGAUGAUGUAUCUACCCAAGGGCCACACCAAGGAAACUGUGCAGGAUAUCCUGGAAAUGUACGGCGUAAAGGAAAUGCAACUGAAUGAGAAUACAUUGGUGGAUCUAUGCGGUAUUCUGGGUGACUUCUUAUUCACCUAUCCGGUCUAUGUGUCAGCCUCCAGCUACGCGGAAUAUGCUCAGCAGCCAGUUUCCAUCUAUAGCUUUGAGUUUACCAGCAAAAUAACUUACGGCGCAUUGUUUACGGGCGGAGUAGUUUUUGAGCAGUUGGGCGCAUCUCACAUGGAUGAUGCCAUACACACAAUACGAAUGCCCAUAUUCUUUCCAGAUUUUCCAAAGGGCUCCGAAAAUGAUGUGGUCACCAAGCGCUUGACUUCCUUGUUGGUGGAGUUCGCCUGGAAUGGCACUCUCCCUGAUGACACUCAGUUGCAGCCCUGCAAAUCUGAGGACUUUACCGCUGAUGAAAUGUGUAACUAUCUCCGUCUGGGACAAUUGAAUGGGGCCUAUCAAGAGACAGUUGAGAAGCGUGUGGAUAUGCGUACAUUGGCUAUAUGGAAGAAGCUAUACUUGUACAUGAUUCAUGCGGGAUUUACUUUACCUUCGCUGUCGGUGCUGCUGCUGCUGCUGCUGCUCGGCUUUGGCCAAUCGACGCCAUCAAUUGCUGUCGCCCAGAAGGCCUUGAUUGUCUGCGGCGGCAGCUUGGGCUGCCUCAAAGGCAUCUACAUGCCGGGCUAUCAGAUCAAGCGCUUCGAGGCUUUUCUUGGCAUUCCCUACGCCUUGCCGCCAGUCGGAAAACUGCGAUUCAGCAAUCCCAAAGUAAUGCCCAAGCUGCGUGGCAUUUACAAUGCAAGCGUAGCCAAGCCGGACUGCAUACAGAAGAACUAUCUAUUGCCCACGCCGCUUAUCUACGGCGAGGAGGAUUGCCUGUACCUGAACGUGUAUAGGCCAGAGCGUCGUUCCAGGCAGCCGUUGCCAGUCAUGGUCUACAUACAUGGCGGUGGAUUCUUUAGCGGCUCGGCUGGGCCGCAGCUGACUGGACCCGAGUACUUCAUGGACACGGGCGAGGUGAUCCUAGUGAGCAUGGCCUAUCGCCUGGGCGCCUUGGGAUUUCUGUCCACGCAGGAUUCGGCUGUGCCUGGCAAUUUCGGGCUCAAGGAUCAGCAGCUGGCGCUGCGCUGGGUGCAGCGGCACAUCAAAUUCUUUGGUGGAGAUCCGCGCCGUGUGACCAUCUUUGGCCAGAGCGCGGGGGGCGUGGCCACGCACCUGCACAUGCUGAGCAGCAGAUCGGCGGGCCUCUUCCAGCAGGUGAUCAGCAUGAGCGGCACGGCCAAUGUGCCCUUUGCCAUCGAGCAGGAGCCACUGCAGCAGGCACGUCGCACCGCCGAGCUAUGCCAGGUGGAGAACGCCCAGAACCUGAGCACACCCAAGCUGGCGCGCGCCCUGCGUGCCGUGGAUGUGCAAACUCUGCUCAAUGCCGGCGAUGGUCUGAAAUUCUGGAAUGUCGAUCACCUGUCCAACUAUCGCCCGGUGGUGGAGCCCAGCUCCGAGGACGCCUUCCUCUCCGUCCACCCGAAGCAGCUGCUGAGCGAGGGCAGCUACCAGCAAGUGCCCUGGCUGCUGAGCACCGUGCCCCAGGAGGGCGCCGUCCGGGUGGUCAAUAUAAUGGAGAACGUGACGCUGCGCCAGGACUUCAAUGCGCGUUUCGAUGAGCUGCUCCAGGAGCUGCUCGAGCUGCCCAAGGAGUUCAGCGCGGAGCAGCUGGCGCAGACCAUGCAACUGGUUAUCGAAAAGUACUUCCGGAACAUACACGAACUGAACGAGCAGACGGUGCAGGGCUUCCUCGAUCUCAUCUCGGACCGGGGCUUCAAGCAGCCACUGCACAAUGCCAUCUGGCAGCACCUGAGCCCGGUUCGCGCUAGCCAGCAGCCACUGUACCUGUACAGCUUCAACUACCAGGGCCCCCUCAGCUAUGCCUCCGUCUUUACCAGCGCCAAUGUCGGCCACAAAUACGGCGUCGUGCAUUGCGACGAUCUGAUCUAUCUCUUCCGCAGUCCCAUGCUCUUUCCCGACUUUGAGCGCAACUCGACGGAGGCGCGCGUUGUCGAAUCGCUCGUGGGCUACUUUGUGCACUUCGCCAAGUUCGGCAAACCGAGAAAUGCGGAAACUCUGAUGCGAUGCACGGAAAGCAUUCUGGAGUCACGACCCGAAGGCAUUUGCGAUCAUCACGUGUUCGACAAUGCGCCCAACGAUCCGAAACAAUUCGAGGUGAACGUUUCGCAAAAUUUCCGCUCAACUAGCGCCAAGUUCUGGAAUGAUAUACUAGGCGAACCAAAGCGUUACUAAAACAAGAAGAGAGAGAGAGAGAGAGAGAGAGAGAG